AUGUUGGCACGCACUGUUCAAAGAUUCGCCGCCGGAGUUUCUCGUCGUGGAUAUGCUGCCGCGGCUGCUCAAGCUAAAAAUGCUAAUCCAGAGGAGCUUCGUUUGACUUUUGCCUCGCCAGACACCGUGAGUUUUGAGGGAAGAGCUUAAGGAAUGAAAUUUCUAUGUUUUGCAGGCUUUGUUCAGCAACGCCGUCGUCAAACAAGUCGAUGUUCCAACUUUGGCUGGAGUUGUUGGUGUUUUGGCCAACCACGUUCCAACUAUUGGAGUUUUGAAGCCAGGAGUUGUUCAAGUCACUGACAACGAAGGUAUUUUUUGUGGUUUUUGAGCUUUCCAGCUCCUUUUUAAGAAAUAUCUAUAGAAAAAUAAUUCUAGGAGGAGUUCAACGCGUUUUCGUCUCAUCUGGAACUUUGUCAGUCAACAUUGAUGGAUCCUGCCAAGUUUUGGCUGAAGAAGUUUUGAAAAUUGAGGAUAUUGAUGAGACAGCUGCCCGAAAUGAACUUGAAGCCGCACAAAAAGCAUCGGGAGAAGGAAGCGAAGUUGCCAAGGCUGAAGCUCAAAUUCGAGUUGAGGUUUGUGCGAAGUUUGGGGAAAUUUAGAUUUUUUAGAGUUCUGGAGCUUGAAAAUCUGAAAAUUUAACUAAAUUUUGUUAUUUUCUAGCUCUGGAGCUCGGAAAACCUAGUUUUGCAUGAACAAUUAAUAUUUUCUGAGUUCUGGAGCUUGAAAAUCACAAAAUUCAACUGAAUUCUGUUAUUUUCUAGCUCUGCAGCUUGGAAAACCUAGUUUUGCAUGAAAAAUUAGGUUUUUUGAGUACUGGAGCUUGAAAAUCACAAAAUGUGACGAAAAAUUAGUAUUUUUGAGUUCUGAAGCUUGGGAAAAUCUAUAAUUUGUUGAAAAUCGAAAAAUUUUGAAUCUUGAAGCUUGGAAAUCCCAAAAAGUAACUAAACGUCUUCAGUUCUUGAGAAAAACCGAGUUUUUUGUGCUCCGGAGCUCUAAAAUCCUCAAAUCUCGAGAAAAUAUACAAAAAACAAUUUAAUUUUGAACUUUUUUUGGAUCUUCAUCCACAUUUAAUUAAUUUCAAUGAGCAAAUGCUAUUUCUGCACUUUUAGCUUUGAAAAUUUGAUAUUUUGAGAAUUUUUAAAUUGUUAGAAAUGAAAAAUUGUUUUAGCGAAAUUAAACGUGAAUUUUUUGACGUGCAUAAUCAAAAACUCAUUUUUCAUUUUGAAAAAAAAAAUAUUUUUCUUCUGGAAAUUCCAAUAAAUCUCUAAAAAUUCCAAUUUCCACUCCAAAAACUCUAUUUUCAGGUCGCCGAAGCUCUUCUCAAAGCCGCCACCAACCAACAUUAG